AUGCCGCCAGACCGUGCGGCAUCCAGCUCCACUCCGGACAAGUCGCUGCUGGCUCGGCCGCUCUCGAUCCACGGGCUGAAGCACACCUCGCUCGAGAGGGGGCGCGCUUGUACGUCAUGACGCCGAGCACGCGACCAGUAUUUUACACCUAGGCUGACAUCUCUGUUAUUGCUGUUGUGCUCCCUGCUUAGGUUUGGUAUGUCGUGCGCGCAAGGUCAAGUGCGAUGGGAUUGCACCAACUUGUUCGCCGUGUAGAAAGUCGGCCGGGGCUAAGGGAGAGUGAGUUUCUGCUCUUUGGUGCUCCGGCGACCGGCCUCGACUCUUGGCUGGGACUCGAUGGCCAGCCCGGGAUUGAACCUUUUGCUGAGAUUUGAUUCUUUCAACGUGGCCUGCUCACAGCGAGCCUUGCGCAAUCGUGUGCGACUACGACGCCGAAGAGAAACGGAAGCGGCCCGUCGGUGGGGGCAGGGUCCACGCGCUCGAGGCCAAGAUCGCCGAGCUGGAGAAGCAGAUCGUUGACCUCACCAGCAACAACACCAAACCGAUAUCUACCGCAUCCGUCAUUCCGUCGACAUCGGAGACACCAACCGCUUCCCUCUCGCCGGGCAGUCUUGAUGGUGCCCCAGUCGCCUCCACCUCGCGAGCGUCAAUUUCUUCGGCCAACACGAUCUCGUUCGACCACGCGCCAGAGCACCUCAUCGACGUAUCCAUUCAUGCGCUCGACAGCGAACUUCCACCACCGAUCGACCCCAAUGUCUACUUCCAUCGCUCCCAUUUUGUGCAGCGGCACGUUGUCCCAAUGCCGAUGCCGCUCAUCACCCCUUCAUCCCAUCUCGUUCACCCGUCAUGGCCCAAGACUCUUCCGUCCCCGAUGCUCGUCUCACGCUUGGUCGACGUCUACUUCAACAAGAUCCACACAAGUACGGGCAUGAUCAAUCGAGGCAAAUUCCUCGCCUCCCUUCAGCUGCCGCCUUCACACGCUCGGUUCCCCAUCACCCCUCUCCUGCACGCCAUCAUUGCCACUGCGUCCAUGAUGGUCUCGGAGGACUACUGGGCUGGUGAGGAGCGGUACUGGUCACAGUUCGAGACGCCUUCCGAUUCGCAUGCUCGCGUCGCCAAAAACACGCUGGAGGCAUCAUGGAUCAGCGAUGCGAAUCCUCUACAGGUCGCUCAAACCGCCGUGCUGGUGUGUUUCCUGUCCUACUCGGCCGCCCGAUUCGGCGAGGUAUGGCUCGCGGUCUCACAAGCCCUGCGUCUCUCCGUACCUCUCGGUCUCAACCAUAUACGAAGUGCGCCCAGCCUGCCCCCAGAUAAGCAGCAUCUCAAGACACAUAUGCUCGGCCCAACGGAAGAUGAAGAUGAACUCUAUGAGCGAGCUGCGACGUUCUGGCUUGGAUUCACAUGCGACCGUUUCGGCAGUGCAAGUACGGGAUGGGCCAACGUUAUUGACGACAACGACAUCACGACUUUGCUGCCGUCCCGUGGUGCGCGGUACCUGGUGAACGCGCUCAACUCGUCGCCGCUCUCGAUCCACAACGAGCGGUUCCUCAUGGACAACCCGCCGCUGUUGGUCGACUCAAUGGGUUUGUACCUCAAAGCGGUCUGGCUGCUAGGACGUGUCAGCACGUGGUUGCGACGUUCCUCGAUCGGACUCGGACUCCGGAAUGGGCCGCUCGCGAACGAUCUGGCUUUUUUGCAUGCGCCUGCGCGGGUGACCGACCCUCGCGACCUUCUCGCCUUCCAAGCACUGGAGCAAAUGAUCGUCGAUUACCAAACCCACGUUCCUAGGGAGUACCAGCAGCUGUAUCAACACCCCAAUCCGGAUUCGAGGAUGUACCUCGUGUUUGCGCUGCCGCACGCUGCGCUGAUCCUCUUGCACGAGCCCUUUUGCACCAUUCGGGAUGACGACGUUUCGAUGCAGAAAUGCUCGCAGUCCGCAAAGGCGAUCUUGAACUCGAUCUUCACCCUUUACAGUAAGUCGACUGUGACAGCAUAGGUGAGGAAGUACAGGAAAGUUCACUUUGAAUGAGUUUUCGCAGGUUCGUCAUUCGAGAUUGGUCUUUUGGUGCCGUUUACCAACUUCGUAUGGGCCGUGGCGGGCCGCACGCUCGUCCGAGAACUGGCGAUCAAGAUCGAGCGCAACGUCGACGUGCCGGGGCAAACCCGACUGCGAUCGGAAGUGACGAUGAUCCUCUCGGCGAUGAGGGCGUACAAGUCCGGCCUCGGCGUCUCGACCUCGACUGCGCUUGAAUACCUCCUCGCGAACCCGUCCCAUUGCCUGCCCGAGAACGACCUCAAGCAUCACGCGCUCGGGUUCCGACCCGUCGAAAAGAUGCCGAUCGGUGUCGCAACCGCUUCAACCACGACCUCGAUCCCUGUCCCCGAUGGGUCGUUGUCCGAGUUGGGAUCGGACCAUGGGGCCACAACGUUGCAGGCGACGUCGACUUUUGGUGGGGUCGUGAACCCUUUGGAGUUGGGGAUCGAGGGGCAAAGGUUUCAGGAGAUGUUGGACUCGGUCGACUUUGACUUGCUCGUCAACUUUGCGAAUGGGGUGUAG